AUGCUUUUUUCUUCCUUCCCCUACGACUAUCCUCUUCUCUGGACCACCGAGGCUACACCUGCGGCCUAUUACGAUCAAUUGGAAAUCCAUCUUAGGUUCCUCCAUGCGUCUCCCCCGAUAAUCGCCCGAAUACUCCACAUCGCAAUCACAGUCGGCUUCGUCGGCUUUUUCAUCAAGCUCUUUAAGCCCUCUGAAGCCAACCUCCUUUUUGAUGGCGCAUCUCUGGUUCUAUAUCUUAUCGCUGUUGUCGUCUAUAUCACCAACAUUGUGAAGGGCCUUCGAAUUGUGACAUUGGGUGUCUACGGUGUGCCAGAAGGAGCCACAGAGAUUGCAAUUGGCAGAGAAGACAGCUUGAGAGUUUUGGCUGCUAGCAAUACAAUUUUGGCACUUGUCUUAGUUGGAGUACUGGUGCUUCAAGCUGGUCAGUGGUAUGCUGAGCGCAAGGAUCUUGACGAGGCUAUCAAGUAUGAGAAGGAACAGGAGGAGAAGGCUGCUACAAAAAGCCCCAAGACUGGAAGCCAUAUUACGAGAUCAGCAUCCAAGAAGAAGCAAUGA